AUGUCGCCCUCUGCCAACGGCACGAACGGCGUUGCCGCAUCUGCUUCUGGUGCCCCUUCACGAGUAACGCUCUCGCUUGGCCAUCUUCCAAGCAAGAAGGACAUUAAGGCUCCCUGGCCUCGUACUCCCACUCGCGUUGACCCCAAUAACCCACCUUGGCCAGCGUACCGUGGCUACCAUGAAUACUCUUUUGCCCAUGCGACAAUGUCCGCUCGUCUCCCUACCAUUCUUGGAAAAGCUAUCGAAGACACCACUCGCACCCUCAACGAGCAAAGUGACGAAGAAAAAGUUGUCGACCUUGUCGCCUGCAUCGAGCGAAUGGCAGAGCUCAUGACCGAUCUCAGCGGGAACCACAAACUCCGUCCAGUCAUCGACGACGACGAAGCCGAUGUUGCGCUGUGGAACAAAGAGAUUGCAAAAUAUUUCCAGGGUAAAGAUUUUAUGAAUGCCCCGUGGUUGUUCGCCGAGGCGUACAAAUAUCGCCGUCUGCACGAGUGUUUCAGUACCAGCAAGUUCUGGAAAGAAUACGACGUUUUCUACCGCCAAAAAUGCGACACCUUUUCGCGUUCGUCCGAGGCCGUUUUUGAGCUUUCCAUGCGCUUUGCCGAGCCGUUCAAGAUCGACAGCAGUCUUUCCGCGGCCGAAAAGCUUGAAGCGGAGCGACUGAUGUUCCUGGAACUCACACAAGUCUGCCUCUGGGGCAACUCGACCGACCUUUCGCUUCUUAUCAACAUGACAGAGGAGCAAAUCAAAGCUCUUCAAUCGACCGGUGGUGAUCAUCUCGCUGCGACGGAAAAGAACAUUCUCGGAAACGAUCUUGGCCGGUUGUGGGAAUCCGUGAAAGAGGUCCGUUCCAAGACCGGUGGUCGUAUAGACUUUGUUCUCGACAAUGCGGGCUUUGAGCUCUACUGCGAUUGCGUUUAUGCCGAUUUCCUGCUCCAAAGUGGACUUGCGACGCAAAUCCGAUUCCAUGGCAAACGUUUCGCGUGGUUCGUGUCCGACGUAACGAAGAAAGACUGGAAUUGGCUCCUCAACACGAUGGUGUAUGGUCAAUUGUUCCCUAAUGCGACCGAUGUCGAACUCGAGUCGCUGAGACGACUAGGGCAACGCUGGAAGCAAUACGAAAAGGAGGGAAAGUGGGUAUACGAGCAGCAUCCCUUCUGGUGCACAGGCUAUACUUUCUGGGACCUCCACUCCGAAGCCCCCGAUCUGUUCCUCCAUCUUUCGCGCUCAGAUCUUGUCUUCUUCAAGGGCGAUCUAAACCACCGAAAAUUGACGUACGAUUGCGCCGCCCCUGCUAGCACUCCGUUUGACAUCGCUAUUGGACCGAUGGCAAGUUCUGCCGGUGCACCAAAAGUCGUUAGUUUGCGGACUAUUAAGAGUGAUGUUGUGGUUGGACUUGGCUCCGAGGGCGACGAGACAGCAGAGCGCUUGGACAAAGAGGAGCCCGGAUGGAAGAUUAGUGGGAAAUACGCUGUUGUUCUCCUGUCAGAGGGUCGCCCUGGCGAAAAGGUUCGCUUCGCAUAG